GAAGCAGUUGUGCAGUCACCUCUGGUCGGGGGAGGGAGAAGAUUUUCUGGAGCGGGAGCCUGUUUCGCAUGAGCUGCAUCGUUUUUGGAGAAGCACAGGCUCAGAGGAGGUUGAGUCAUGAGUGCACAAGAGGCACCCAAUCCUGGGAAGGAGCAGGCAGACGGCGGGAGCGCAGCCACGGACGCCUCGACGACCAAGAGUUCUAGUCCGCCGCCCGUCACCGUGAAGAAGGAACCCGGGACCUCGGAGACAAGCAACGGGAAAGUCGGGGAUGGCAACCCUGCUGAGAUCUGUGUUGUCAUUGGAGGAAGUGAAGGAGGAACGAGCGGAGGUGGAUCCCGCAGAGCUCAGACCGAGGGUAUGUUUGCCCUUGGUACUCCUCCUCCAACGAAGAGCACAGACUCAUGCAUAGGUUCCUAUGUUUGUGGGGUAUGCGGGAAGAAGUACAAGUAUUAUAACUGCUUUCAGACGCACGUCAGGGCACACAGAGAAUCAGAGAGCAUGGUUGGAGAUGGUCUGCCCCAAACCCCCAACAGUAGCUUCCGUUACUCCUGUGACAUCUGUGGCAAGAAGUAUAAAUACUACAGUUGCUUCCAGGAGCACCGUGACCUGCAUGCAGUUGAUGAUCCAUAUGAACAGGUAGUGUUACCUGUGGAUGGCCUUAAAGAGGAAGAGCCGGUUGAACCCUAUCAGAAAAUUGGACCAAGGAAAAAAGCACUCGCCCUCCUCCACAGAGACCGCGGGUUCAACCAACGGCAGCACGUGUCCCUUCAAACACAAUUGGCAGUGUUCGCAGAAACCGGGAGCUAUGUUUGCGAGUUCUGCGGGAAGCAGUACAAGUAUUUCAACCCGUACCAGGAGCACGUUGCUCUUCACACACCGAUGAGCUCAUUCGAUUUGAAGACAUCACGGGUACAGGAUUGUGGCAGUAUGGAUAUGAGUAAAUUUGGCCACAGCCAGAGUGCUAAGAUAAAAAACAGCCCAUUCAGGCGGAAACUCGAAAGUGCGAUUCAGUCUAGUCUGGUUGACACAAACAGUUCGCAGAACUCAAGUGGAACUCCGAGCCCUCUGGUGGCCAGCACAUUCUCUACAACACAGAAACCCUACACUUGUGGUGCCUGUGGCAUCCAGUUCCAGUUCUACAACAACCUGCUGGAGCACAUGCAGUCCCACGCUGCUGAUAAUGAGAACCACACCAAAGGGGACUCUCCCAAAACCUCUUCAGCCUCGGGUCCUCAAGAGCAGCUGUGGAGAGGUUCUCAGGCUCAGGCCCAUUCCUCAGUUAAACUACAAAUCCAGCCUCAAAGUAUCUCCCAGAGAAACCAUACUCUCAGCCAGAAUAAUGGACUACCUGAGAAGGAGCGACAGCAGGUGGCUGAGCGUCUAUUACGGGUAAUGUGUUCAGAUCUGAGCAUGCUGAAUGUGCUCAACAGCAAGGACUUCCUGAAGUUGGCACAGACCCUCGUGGAUACAGGUGCUCGUCAUGGUGCCUACUCCACCCGUGAUGCUCUUGGCAACAUGAGUGCCUUGGCACUGCGCCAGCUGCCCCGCAUGUACAACCAAGUCAAAGUCAAGGUCACGUGUGCUCUGGGCUCCAAUGCGUCGCUCGGCAUCGCUGUCACCUGCCACGCCCAGACGUCUGGCCCAGACGCCUGCUAUGUCCUAACGGCCUACCAGGUGGAGGGGUCAAGACUGAAGCGCUAUGUGCUCGGCGUCAGGGAGGCCGAGCUGAGGGAAGGCCCCGACCAGGUUCACCACUGGGUGCAGAAUGUGCUGUCUGAGUUUGUGAUGUCAGACAUUCGCACCGUGUACGUCUCGGAGCCCAGAGUGUGGGGCGCGGGGUUUUCGGGAUCACCCCUGGGAGGUGGCGGCCGCGGGAGGAUAUGCUUGCGAUGCGCCGGCUGUUCCCUCGGUGCCGUCGUUCAGGCUGUCCUCGGGAAGCGCAGCCUCCAGGCUCGAGGGCUUCAUGAGUUGGCCGAGCUUCUCUCUACAUGCAGAGAUAUCGCCUCCUGUACCACGCUGGCUCUUCGCGAGGAGCAGUGCACCAACACAUCCACAAGCACAACUGAGGAAGGUUCUCAGGGCAGCCCUGCACAAUGCCCCACCCCUCCUUGCUGGGAUCGUAUGGCCGAAGCUCUCCUGCAGGUCCAUGCCCACUUUGAACACAUUUGCGAGGCUUACGGUCGCAGUAAGGCCACAGCUCCACUCCUCCAAGGUCUCAACAAGCAUCUGCUGGGCACGCUGGCUUGUUUGCUGGCACCUCUGCGCCUGGCAGCUCUGGAGCUGAGCAGCCAGAGGAGGCCAACCCUACAGCAGGUGCUGCCUGUCUACCUACGCUUGGAGAAGUUUUUUACAUCUAAAGCUGGAGAGGCUGGAACCGGCACAGCUAGCAAACUCUGCCACUAUUUCCUAGAAGCACUUAAGGAAAACUUCAAGGUUGAACGAGCUCACCAGGUAGCCAUGGUCCUGGACCCACAGCUGAAGCUGCGCUCAGUGCCGGCCUACCAGCACGAGGACAUCAUCUCUCGUGCGUGCGAAAUGGCCUCCGACACCAGGGAUGGAGGUAUGACAGGUGGUGGAGGUUCAGGUGGCGAGGAGCGGGACACUGAUGGCCCACCCACCCCUAAAAUAAGCCGCGUAGAGGGAAGUGGAAACAACGGCGGCCCCUCAAGGGGAUCCUCCUCAUCCUGCACAGUGUCCGGUAAUGAUGAGAGUCAGAGCCAAGUUAGACAAGAGAUAUUCCAAUAUCUGGCUGAGCCUCUUCUCCAAGGUACACCUGAUCUCUUCCAGUACUGGAGCGCAACAGUGGGUGAGAAGUUCCCCAGGCUUGCUCGGCUGGCACUGUGGCUCCUGGCGGUGCCCGCUGUGGGCAUACGCAGCGAGUGCGUGACUGUGUGCGAGCAGAGCCUGGCCAUGAAGAGGAGGCAGCAGGUAACUGCUGAGGAGAUGAACAAACUCAUUUUCCUUCGCUCUAACAUGGGCUAGGAAGAAAAAAAACCCAACCAACCCUAAACAACCAAACCUUCACCUCCAACCAAUGACUCAAGACUAUUAUUUAUAUACUGUAGAUUUAGACCAACUGUAAACAUAAAUGUGUAUGGACAUUGAAAACUUCUCAAGACAGAUAUUUACAGAAAAAAAACAAAUCACCAUUGUAAAGGUUGCAAACACCCAUAAAACAAUGCGGCUUAUUACAUAUUUUGUAUGGAGAAAGGACUGUUGUAAAGUACUGUGGACAAAAUGUAGGGGUGGAACGGUCACUCAAAAGAUUGUCCCGUUUGGUACGCUGCCCUCGGUUUGGGAUGCACACACAAAGCAGGAUGAGUUUGGUCUUGUCACAGCCAGUGAUCUGAAUUACUCCAGCCUAAUAACUAAACUGCUACAAGGCUCUAAUGCUGUUAUUCUCACUGGGUGGCAACAUUUUCAGGUUACGUCAGCAUUCGUCGCUUGAAGCUACCGUCAUAGACCUCUGGAAACAACCCUACCAGAUUAUUAAAGCUAUCCGACAGGAAUAUAUCGGCGAUGCGCUGCUGCAUACACAGCGUGUUGCUGAGUUUUCAUUUUCAUCGGUAUAUGACGGAAAGAAUCAAGCGGCGAAUCUUCACUGCCAUUACUCCUCUGACAACUAAGUGCACUAGGUUUAUGAUUUCUGAUCAUGUAUCACUGAAAACUAUAUUUUUUCUUCAGCCACAGAUGACGGGCAGAUAGCUGAGAGCUAAAUCACUGCAGCUAAUUCGACGUCCUCAUAGUGUAGCUGCGCAGGAUUUACGUGCACUGGAUGCAUAUCUGUUUCAUUCAAAAGGGUAAAAAGUCACUGAUAAGACAUUAGAUAUUCCACGACGCUUCUUGUUCGCCGUAAAGGAAAGCCGUCCAGUCGUUGGUUUCCGGAAUCAACUCGAGAGGUCUAACGCUGCUAGAUACACAAAUUCCUAGACUUAAAUAAUGAAGCUAACUUGAACUAAAUUAAACUUCUGGUUCGGUUUAAUUGACGGCUGUACAAAGAGUUAAGCGCAACAUUGGUGGCCAGUUUUUAUUGAUUUCGUUCAGCCUCAUAUUGCAGCUGAAGCGCACCCACAGGGAAUAAGUAACAUGUUGGAUAAUUAUUCCUUCUCUCAUCCUUCUAAUGUUGCAGUACAACUGUAUCUUAGUAAAAACACAAUUACAACAUCGUAAGGCCAUUUUUACUUGCUCAAUGACAGUUUCUAGUGCUGACAAUUCAGGAAUUCCACAUCAGACGCUCGGGAGUCAAACACAAGUUGUACACUUUCUGUUUUGUUUUUACACGCAGGACGUUUUGCCUGCGCAUUAACCUCAGAUUAAACAGCAGUAACGUUAUUAACCGACAGCUUGCUAAGCUCGAAGAUUUUAAUUUAUAAUCGCAAACAAUCAUCACGUGUGUGUGUGUAUUUGUUUUAUUUGAAGCUUGAAUAGAAAACCUGCUCAUAGGAAAGCUUUAUUUAUUAUUCUUUCUACAUUUCUCAUUCUCAAUAUAAACAUCGUCUUCCUCAUGUGAGCUACAAUUAUUAUUAUUUUUUUCCAUUUUCAAGGCAAUAAGCUUUAACACAGGGCAUAGUUUCCAACUGACUGUUCUCACGACACUCCUACAGUUGAUUAUUAACCGUAAAUUAUUUUAUGUUAUUGUGAAAUCAAUGGGAUUUUCUCAGGAAUGAGCACAUCCAAGCAGGCACCGCCACUUUUUCCUCACUGUACCGACAAAAAAAAAACAAAAAAAAAGGACAAAAAAAAAAAACAAAAACCAAACUGUGACCUCAACGCCGAGGUAUGUACUGAACCGUGACUUUUGUGAAACGUUCCACCCCCAAAUGCAGUUAGUGCCAUUUGCAACAAACGAGGAAAAAAAAAAAAAAGAAGUUGAGGGUUUAUUUUUUACAGCACAAAAACAAAAUGCAGCCAGUGCAUUCACUAAAGUCAACACAUGCAUACUCAUGAAGUCAAGUUAUUUAUUUUUUUAUGGAUUCUAGUAUACAUCUACUUGAGCUAAUACCUCCGAAAAAUGACUUGGAUGAAUGGAAGCUAUAACUGUAAAAUUUGUUUGUUGCCUCUGGUACUAAUUCGUCAAGUACUAGUUUGUUAUCUCUGUUUUUUGGGCCUUAAGUCUCUUUCAUGCGAUCACCUUAAAUCCUAAAAGUCAGAGCAAACAUCAUGCCUUUAUAUUGCUGUUAAAUGGCCUUCUUUUGACCAUCUUUUCUAAAGCUUGUUAGUGUUUUGUUUUUUUGUUUUGUUCACUCCUGUAGACUCAAAGGUUGGAAACAGCGUCCUCUAGUGUUCAAACGAGGACUUUUUAAAAUCAUGCACAACUGUGGUAUUUGACAAGUGCUUUAUUCAUGUUGUCACGAGUUAUAAAAAGGUCGCAUCGACGGAGCACGCGUGCGUUGCUCUCGCUUUCAUAAAACAGGUCAAUAAUAACUUCAACAAUAGCACACCGAAACACAGGUAUCCACUGUACAAACUUAUACUGAGAUGAUGAAUGACGUAGAUUAGAGAGAUCUUUUUAUCGGGGUUUACGCAGGAGGAUGUAUCGAAACUGUGAUGUGAGACUCUCAUUUGGUUUUAGUAGUUGUGGUGCAGCUUGAAUAUUAUGUUUUGAUCUUAAAGGCUGCGGUGCAGUUCUGUGAUUUGACUGCUACACUUGUUUUUUUGAUUUUUGGGGGGUAAUUUUGCCAUCACGGUGACAAACUGAGAAUGGUAUUAUCAACAGUAAAAUUAUUCUUAUUUCCCUCACGUUGCCCAGCUUUAGAUGCAACUGAAGGUACGACCGUGUUACACUUUUAUGAAUAUUCGCUUAAUCAUUUCAACUGAAUGGGUAACUUUAAGCAUCCGUUUCCUGUUUCAGUGUCAUCGCCUUUCGUUCAACAGAAACAGCGAUACAUCGUACCCGUUCUAGCGCUUCGUCACCCUCAUAGUGAUCAGUAUUUAUCCACCAUCCAGAGUCAGUCCAGUCGGAAUCGUUACACCAGUUUAAUGGCAGUUCAAUUAGACAUAACGAGGCUGUAAUCGUUAAUAAAACAAACAGGAAGUUUUAAGGGUGAACGUUAUGAGUACGAAGCCAAAUGUCGGAUUACGGUCUUACUGAAAGUAGAAUCUUUUCGUCCGAUUAAAAUCGUGUUAGUUUUCAGUUACACAACAACAUUUGUCAGCUUUUUGAUAGAGUGGCAUUAAAGGUAUGAAACACCUGAAUUAAUUAAAGGUCAAAGGCUCUGCGUUGCGAAUCGUUUCACGACUACAUAAGGCGCUUCUUAAUGAACUGUAGCUCUCCUUACCUCCAAGCUUUGAUUUUUAGUGUUUCAUAAAUGCUUUUCUUCUCCCUGAUGGUUUGUUAAAAAUAUUUCCUUUCUUUUUCUUUUUUUUAAAUAUAUUUUGGUAAUAAAAGAAAAUUGCUGUAAAUUGUAUUUAAAUUUAAUUUUCUAAGUACCAAUCCAAUGUGUUACCUCAGUACUCGGAAAGUAGUGUUGUAAUUUAAAGAUUGAAGAAGAAUAAAAAUCAGAUAUUCACACACAAAAUUUAAAGGCUCGUUCCAAGAAAUAGUCAAAAUACUGUACAUUGGUUUGUGGUUUAACCGGUGAUCCUCGACUGAACUGAUGAAGGGAUUUUUUCUUACAGUUUUUAAAUAAGUAUUUUCAAUAGGAUAUGCUCUGGGACAAAAAUGCCAUCGUUGACGUAAUGAUGUCAACUUAAUUUUACUUAGAAAUAGCAUUCUUUUUUUUUUUUGUUUGAUUAAAUAAGAAUUAUAUCUAAGAUAUGCAUGCUUUUAAUAAGAGUACUGAUAUAUAAUGUUAUAAGCCAGUGUUUUCUCAUCAGAUGGAAUCAUAUUGGCUCUGAGUUGAUGUUACUUAAAGACGCUCAUUACGAGUCAAAAAAAAAAAACAAAGCGACCCCGGACUGAAUUUUAACCUUUUCAAGGUGGGAGUAGCUGUGCUGAUCAUGGGUUGGUGUUUAUGGGUUGACAUCAUCCAUUUUCAGAGGAUGUAUUAUGUAAAUACAAGAGAACUGCUGUUUUUAUGCCACAAGGGGGCACCUUCAUUUCAGAGAUAAAAGUAGGGAGCACCAAUAACAUUAUACCUCUUUUUUCUACAGUAGCAUUUCAAAAAAAAGGUUUUGAUAUAAUAGAAGAAAAAACUCAACUUAGAUACUGUUACUAGAAAACUGAAAUCAGCUGUAAGUUUUAUUUUGUUUCAGGAUUUUAACUUAUUCAGAUAAUUAAUAAAAAAAAAAAAGAGUUCAGUUGUGAAAAACGUGGUUAUAAGAAUGCUAACAUGGAGAUCUGUUCUGUUCAACUCUAGUCUGUAUUAUCAAUUCAGGUUAAGAAAUUAGUGUUGCUUUCAUCCUACUUUACAGGCAUUUCUUCCUUUUUAUACUCUGCUAAAGCAAAAAAAAAAAGAAGAAAAAAAUCUGUUUGAUUCUCUUCAUUUUGUCUUUUUAUCGCACUUUGGCAGCAGAUUCCUGAUUCAGAUCUGAGUUGUCUUAUUAGUAAACCUAAUUUAUACUUUUGUAGCAACACUAUUUUUAUAUAAUGGCAAAGAAAGGGUUCUGUGUCUUUUUUUUUGUUUUCUUUUUGUUUCUUUUUUCUUUUUUUUUGUUUCUCCUGUGUCAUAUAUGACAGCGCUGUUCAGUGUUUCUUGAAUACAUUACCCACUGUAGUAUGUUAUGUGUGAAUAAACUCCAAAUCUGUCAAAAAAAAA